AUGUGUAAAGGUUUAGUAAUGGUGCAGCACAUAAAACGCAGAGACAUCAUCCUGAAGCGGGAGCUGGGGGAGGGCGCCUUCGGGAAAGUCUUUCUGGCCGAAUGCUACAACCUCAGUCCCACGAAGGACAAGAUGCUGGUGGCCGUCAAGACGUUGAAGGAUCCAAACUUAUCUGCGAGAAAGGACUUCCAGCGAGAGGCCGAGCUGUUGACCAACCUCCAGCACGACCACAUCGUCAUGUUCUACGGCGUCUGCGUGGACGGAGACCCGCUCAUUAUGGUCUUUGAGUACAUGAAGCACGGAGACCUCAACAAGUUCCUCAGAGCCCAUGGUCCCGAUGCCAUGAUCCUGGUGGACGGUCAGCCGCUGCAGUCCAGUGGAGAGCUGAGCCUGUCACAGAUGCUGCACAUUGCGUCACAGAUCGCCUCGGGGAUGGUCUACCUGGCAUCGCAACACUUUGUGCACCGAGACCUGGCCACACGGAACUGCCUGGUGGGUAACGGCCUCCUGGUGAAGAUCGGAGACUUUGGCAUGUCCCGGGACAUCUACAGCAGCGACUACUACAGGGUCGGAGGUCACACCAUGCUGCCGAUCCGCUGGAUGCCCCCGGAGAGCAUCAUGUACCGGAAGUUCUCCACCGAGAGCGACGUCUGGAGCUUUGGCGUGAUCCUGUGGGAGACCUUCACUUACGGGAAGCAGCCAUGGUUCCAACUGGGAAACAACGAGGUGAUCGAGUGCAUAACCCAGGGCCGCGUUCUGGAGAGGCCCCGGAUCUGCCCCAAGGAGGUGUACGACGUGAUGCUGGGGUGCUGGCAGAGGGAGCCCCAGCAGCGACUCAACAUCAAGGACAUCCAGAAAGUCCUGUUCGCCAUGGGGAAAGCCACGCCCGUCUACCUGGAUAUCCUGGGCUAG